AUGAAUGACUCGGACUUUUCGCCUUCAGCGCAAAAGGAUGAGUUCUUCGCGGAAAUGACCGUUAAACAAGUUAAACCAUCCCAGCUACGAUUUUCAACCACUUCCAGUUCUCCUGAACGUUCUCAGCAUGAGAGUCCAAGAUUAGUAAAUUCGAUGGUUGCUACUCCAUCAAAAUCGGGUCAAUUCUCUGAAAUUUCAUUGGAAUCCAAUGUUUCUCCUUUCGACUCGUCAUCCAACGCAACGACAGCAUCGGCAUUUGGUUUCAUCGGGAAUGCUGAAAGCAAGAGGUCUGACCAAGUUAUAAGAACUAACUCCAUCUCGAAUACUUCGCCUCGGGGUAAGAAUGUCGCGCUCUCAACUGACACAACUCUCGAUCAACUAUCCACGGGAGCCUUUGUGGUUCCAAAUAAUGGGUUACCUAACCAAUCAUUUCAAUCACCGUCUCAGAUCCACCCAAUGUCACAGCAUUUAAGUUUGAAUAAGACACGGCGUGUGGUACAUAAGACUAACAAAGUUUCUUUGGCGGAACUCAAUAUUGACACCGACACCGAACGUUCAUCAUUGACGAGUGUGAACAAUGGAUCGUCGUCAAUCUUUUCAUUAUUGAAUUCGCCGCCACUAUCUGCAAAAAUAAGGAUGGAAAAUUUAGAAGUGGAACUCUCAAGGAUGGAGGGCGAAAUGCAUCAGAUCAUGGACUCUCAACUUAAAAUCUUUCAAAAGCGCAACAAAAUUCACGAACAGUUGGCUGAGUCAUGGGGAACAUUGAGAUUGCUUGAAAUCGAACAAUCAGAUGCACUUUCUAGCGAAGAUUACAUUCAAGCUGAUAAGGUGAUGCACGAGGUACAGGAGACGCAUAAUAAAAUCAUAACGCUAUGUAGGGUGCUCCCUGGAAUGGAGCAGGCGUUAAGUAAAUUGAGAGAAAGACAGGCUCGUAAUUUAAAGAGUCAAGCGGACAUAAGUAGAUCGUUAGAAAAGGAGCUUUGGAAAAAGAAGAAAGAAGACGAAGAUGCCUAUAAACAGUAUGAUGCUGAUAUGGAAAAUUUAAGAAACAUAGAAACUAAACAAAUUAACGAAAUGAGAGAACAACUUGAAAGGGAUCGCAGUGAGAUUGUCUUGGAAUUAGAUCUCUGGAAUAAGAAUGUAGCGGAUUUGAAUGAGAGGAUGGAUGAGCGUGCGUGUGACGAAAAGUCGGAACGGGAAUCGCUGUACAAAAAACGCGAAUAUAUUCGAGUAAGCUGUGUUUCAAAUUCUCUCUGGCUUAGUGUUGUUAUGGCGCAAAUAGCCGAUCUUUCAAAACGAAUCGAGCAACUUCGUACCGAAGAGGAAAGCUAUAAUCGAAAAAUUGGUGAUGUUGAAUUAAAAAUGGAGGGCAUUUAUAACGAAUUCCAUGUUGAAAGAGAAGAAAAUUCUAGAGAAAAAAAAGAAUUGGAGAGAAAGGAACGUGAAAUUGAAGACAAAACGAGAAAAGUCGAGGAAUCAGAAAAUAAUUUACAUCAGAGGCUCAACCAUUAUCGUCAGAAACAGGAGUUGGCACAUUCUGAGUUGUCAUCAUUGGAACAGCGUAUUGGUGAAAUGGUUCUGGUCGCUAAAAUUCACCACGAGGAAGCUGCUGAAAUUGAAAAAUUAAUUGAAAACCUUAGGGAUCGUUCUCAAAGGGAUUUAGAUUGUGAUAAUGUGCUAUCCGAUUUGCGAAGACAAAUCGAGGAAAGUGAAGGCGAAGUUAAGCGAUUGACUUCCAAAGUGAUGCAGGACCAGCAAACAUAUUCAACUAUACAGCAGGAUAUGACUACCAUUGACACUCAGAUUCCGGCGUUGGAAGAACAAAAAAAGUUGGCGGUAGCUGGACGAGAUUUUAAGUCUGCAGGUCGUCUGGCCGGCCGAAUCAAGGACCUUCAAUCCUUACGCGAAGAGCGUGUAAAGUUCUUGGAAUCCAAACGUUCGAGUUUAGAACGUGAUCAGGAGGAUCUGAAGACAUCUAGACAAAAAUUGGAGGAGCUUUCUUCCAACUUGACCGAGAUGGAAAAAAAAAUUGGCUCAGAAUUAUGUGAAGAACUACAAGAAUCACUUCUUCAGCUACGAUCAAGAUACGAUGUGAUUUCUACUGCAGAAUUUCUCAUUGCCUCUGGUGAUCCAAUUUCUAGUGCCAACCAACAAAAUUUGAAUAUAUUAAAAGACUUGUUACAGAAUGAGAUACAAGGGUUGGAACGUCGAAUCCAAUACAUUCGUAUGAGGUUCGGUCUUUUGGAGACAAAAAUUCAAAGUGGUCAUAGUGUAAACGAAUUGCACGAUAAUGCACAGGAAGGUUCGGACUCCACAACACGUCUCGAAGAGUUGGAGAGACGUGUGCAAAAAGCUAUAGGCAAUAAUCCAGGAUCGUUGUCUGUUGAACUACAUAGAAAGAGCACUUAA